AAUGGUUGCAUUUUUAAAUGGCUAGUCUUAUAGGUGUCAGGCAGGGAGGCGCUUCGGUGAGGACCAAAAAUGUCCAGUGGUCAACAGCCGGACGGAAGUGGUGAACAGCAUGCAGACGUAGAAGCUUUACUCCAGACAGGCCAGGAGCUUGAGGGCUGCAUGCACAGCGUGCUUUCCUCCGAGGAUGACGUCGCCCAAACAAUAACUGACGCCGAGGAGCAUAACUACAAUGCGCUGUACCUAGCAGCAUGCACAGUACCUGAAGUCAUCAUUGAUAUUGCUGGACACAGGGCUCGGAUCCUUGGUGGCCACAGGGCCUGGUACGCAUCCAUUUUCGUGCUACCAGUGCCGCCCGAUACAGUCCCAAAGCACGAGCCGCUCCAGCUGACGCCCAACUACACCAAAAAGACUGACAGCGCUGAGGCGUCAGUAAAGCAACUCACCGUCACGUCACCCACGACGGGGCCCCGGGCUCUCUCACUCCUGCAGUUCUGGCUAGAACACGCGGAUGGCUUGCCCAGCGCCCUGUACGAGACCCCAGCUAGCAUGGGCGACUUGGACCUCCGCUGCAGCCGGGAAGUGCGGGUUGUGGAGCCCAGCGGCAAGGCCCAGAUGUCCCUGCACGAGUACGUCAAGCUCACGGGCGCCAUCCUGGGGGGACAGCACCUGGUGGGGCGCUCGCUGCGGAUCCUCUGGUGGGAUGAGGCGGACGAGGACGGCAACUACAAGCCGAUCUGGUUCCUGGCGCAGGUCCACAAGUACGAUGCGGAAACUGGCGUACAUGCGAUCCGCUACAAGACACAGGAGAUGCCGGACAACCCGCAGGAGACCGUGAUCCUGGCCCUCACGCUCCAUCACAUGAGUCGCUUCCAGCCGGAGGGUCUGGACAAGGCAGAGCCGGCACGCCCCUGGCCGGUGCAGCCGGUUGCAACACCUGAGGCCGGCGGCGGCGCAGCGCGGCUGGGCUCAGGCAGCCUCUCACCGCCUGCUGCUGCCAGCCCAGCGGCAAAGCACGCCGCCGCAGCAGCAACCACAGCAACCGCAGCCGAGGCAGCAGCACCCCCAUCGGUAGGCCCAGCAGGCCCCGUAGCUCCCACCAACAAGCUAAAGCUCCUAACGGGGCAAGCCCCGACCGAUGGCUGCGUCUCCGUAAAACUCAAACUGGCUGGAGAAGCGGAGGGCCCUGCUGCUGGUCCGGCUGCUGCUGCAGCCAACCUGGAAGAACCGAAUCCGUUUUCCGGAAAGAAGCAGAAGCCCCCAGCAGCAGCAGCAGCAGUGGCGAGUGCUUCAGCACUAGCAGCGCUUGACCCGGCAGCAGCGAAUGGGCAAUCCGCAGCAGCCGCUGACAGCUCUGGAGAGGAGGACCCGGGCGCGGCUGCGGGAGCCCGUGCUGCAACCAAGCUGGAUUCCCCACCGGCUGCUUCGGGACGACAGCCCCUGCCCCAUGCGAAUCAGGCCAAGCCCGAGCCCUUGAGCAGCCUGCCGUCGCGCGACUCUGGUCGUGUUCCACGUGAGCUGCUUCGGCUGCUGGGCGGCGCGGCGUCUCCGCAGGAUUCUCAUCUGCGGCUGCAGCAGGAGCCCCCGCAGCGUACGACCAUGGUUUCCACUGCAGCUGCCGGUCUGGAUCAGAGGGCGGUACGGCAGGGCGGCAGCGGCUCCGCAGCCGGCGGGUUGCGAGUGGGGAGUAGCGGAAGGGGGCGUGGCAGGGGCCGCGGGAGGGGGCGGGGACAAGGCCGGGGCAUGAUGGGCAUGAGGCCGCCGGGAGGUAGCGCGGGAGCUGGGACGGAGGUGCCGGCGGCACGGCAGCAGCAGCAGGUGCUUAGCGGAGGACGAGGACGCGGUCGCGGCAGAGGGCGAGGGCGACGGGGUAGGAGUGCUGGUGUCAGUAACUUGCAGGUGCAGGCACUCCGGGUGCGCAGGAAGUACGCAGCAGCAGGGGGGCGAGGAGGGCGAGGUGGGAGGAGUGCUGUGGGUGAGGCCAGGGCGGGGGGGCAGCGGAAGGGGUAUCCCUCCGCGACGGACGGUGGGGCUGCCUCCUCCUCACAGACACAGGACGACGAGGACGAACUGGCGAGGGUGAUCAAGGGCGAUGAUAAUGAUGAUGAUGAUGAUGAUGAUGAGGAGGAGGAGGAGGAGGAGGAGGAAGAUGAUGGAGAGAGCAUUGACGGCACGGGCGAGGGUAGCAGGGAUGCUGGUGCUGCCGCGGCCGCCGCAGCGACAGCGGCAGCAGCGGCAACUCAACCCACCACUUCCGCCGCUGCUGCCGCCGCAUCCACUGCAGCCACUCCGGCGCUGUCAUCACCCUCCGCGGCCGGCGCCGCCGCACGCAUCGCCGCGCGCAUGGUCUGCAACGUGGAUUUCCGUACCUACGAGGCUGCCGCGCUGGCCCGGCGGGCUCUGCUACGUGCGGAAGCUGCCAGGCCCACCCUGCCCGCUAACAGGUGCUCGCCUGUGCAGCAGGCGCGGCUAUUUGCCGCCGCCGCUGCGGCUGAUGGGCAGCCGACAGCAGCCAGGAAGCAGCGGAAAACGCGCUCUCUGGCGGAGCUAGCAGCGGCCCUGCCCCAGGUUCCCAGAGUGAAGCAUGCAUGGCCACCGCUGGUGCCGGCUGCUUCGGAUCCCAGGAACCAGCCCGAAGCCCUGGCGGCGGCGGCGGCUGAUCCCGCAGCAGCGGUGACGGGAGGGGGUCAGCCGCAUGUCGUGCUGAAGGGAGCGCCAACUACUCCUGCGGACAUGAAGGGCAGCCGCGAUGCGCGAUUGGCGGCAGCGGAGGAGGAGGAGGUGGACGGUGGUGGUGGCGGCGCUGCCGAAAGGGCGGUGUUGCGGGCAGGCAAGCGUCAAAGAACGGAGCGGUCGGAGGGAGGCACAGGAGGAGGAGGCGAGGCGGCGGCAGCAGGGCCGGGGACUAGGUCGGCCUCCGCGGGGUCCAUGCGCUCUGCCAGCCCUGUUGCUGUAGCCAGCAAGCCUGCUGAUGGGGAUGGCAAGGCAGAUGCCACAGGCGCGGAUGCAGGGGGGCCGGUUGCUGCAGGCGCUGCUGCUGCUGCUGCUGCUGGCGAGCCGGCUGCGGCUGCGGUGUCGCCAACAAAACGGCCACGCGGCCGGCCGCCAAAGCGCCGUAAGCUACCUAACGGCGCCAGCCCCGCUGCUGCAGGAGGAGGAGGAAGUCGAGGCAUGGCUGUGGUUGCUGCGACUGCUGCUGUUGCUGGGAUUCCGCUGGCACCUACCUCUGCCACCUCAACUGCGUCUCAGACGGCGGCGACAGCGGCCCCAGCAGGUGUUGGCGGCGGUGCAGGAGGCAGCGCAGAUGCCCAUGCAAAGCUGGAUGCGGGUGCGGGAAGUGUUGACUCAGCGCAGGGCAAGGGGACACGGGAGGUGGCAUCAUCAGGCGAGGGGAUCACGCAACAGCAGCAGCAGCAGGUGCCGGAGCAGGUGCCGGAGCAGGUGGGUCAGGCGCAGCCGGAGGGGCAGCAGCACCAGCAGCAGAAGAAGGAACUGCUGAGGUCGCAGCCGCAGCGGCUAAGUGACGGGGAGGCGGAGCGGCAGGAGGAGCGCCCUACCGCAGGCGGCUCUGCUGCUGCGGCCACCCAGUGGGAAGCGACUGCCGCUGCUGCCGCUGCUGACAGGGAGGCGGCCCAGGAUCCGGACCCGACAGCCGCCUCCGCACAUGCAGCAGCGGCACUUCCACAACCUCCCCUGGAGCUGCUUGCCGGGCCCGCAGCCGCCGCCUCGGGGGGCCAGCGGCAUGGAUCCCGUCGUGCGGCGUCCAACGCCGCCGUACAGCAUGCCGUACCGACCAUCUCGUUAGCCAUAGCCGCGGCGCAGCUGGCAGCUUCGGCAUCGGCGUUGCAGCGUGCUUCUCAGGCCAUGAGGUCUGAGCAUGUUGGUGUUGGCGCGGCUGUCAGCAACGGCGUGAGUACCGGUAUCAGCAACCGGACCUCGGCUGCGGGGGCGUCGACUGCUGCUGGGGAUGCUGGGGAGCAGUUCAGUGGCACACAGACGCUGUUGCAGCACCUGGCACAAGCAUUGGCAGUGGGCCCGAUGCAUGGACGUCUUGCGUUGAUGUCCGGUUUGGCGGGGCUGGUCGCGGAGGCUGCGACCACCCUGAGCGCCGGUGGGGGAGUAUCUGGAGUGGAUGGAGCAGGGCAGUCGGUGCCGCUGCUGGAUUGGGAAGCGGAGGCAGCGGUUGCGGUGGAGGCACCGACGGAGGCACCUCGAAAGGGGAGGCAACCAAGGAGGGCGGCAACAGCGAAAGGGGAAGGCGAAGCCAUUCCCUCGGCUGCGCCUCCUCCUACGAUGCCUUCUGCCGAACCCCCGGCUGGCGUAAUCGAUCCCGAUGCUUCCGCUGCUGCUGCUGCUGCUGCCACCGAGCUGGUCGGUGCUAUCCCAGCAGCGGCGGCUGUCGUACCUGCUGUCGUACCUGCUGCCGUACCUGCUGCCGUACCUUUGGCCGCCUUACCUCCGGAGUUCGCAGACAUCAUGAGGCUCGCGGCUGCCGCCACUGCCACCUCAAAGCGCAUGCGACAUGCAGCCCCUGAAGUCCCGCUCGGAGGCGGCCCGGAUGGCCGUGGCAGCCUCACUGCGAGGGCCGCAGUACCGGCGUUGCCGCCUGGUUUUCAUCCUUCGCGGCGCCCAAACGCUGCUACACUUCCACCUCCACCUCCUCCUCCAGCAGCCGCUCCUGCUGAUAUACCCGAGGAGGCUGAGCAGCAACAGCAGCAGCAGCAAGUCGCUGGGGGCCGCAAGCGGCGCCAAGCGGCGCAGCAGGAGCCGCAGAAACCACAGCAGCAACAGCAGCAGAAACGUAGGCAGCCGCCGCGGUCACGGCAACGUCAGGAGGAAGGAGAGGAGGAGGCGGAGGAGGAAUGGCGGCCGCCGCAGCAUGUUCUGGCAGCGGUUAGGCGCCGGGCGGCGGCAGAAGCAGCAGCAGCAGCAGCGGCGGAACAGAGCCGGGGCUUGGCCGCAUCCGGUCAGGUGCAGGCGGCGGCGGCAGCAGCUGACGGGAUGGCCGCUGGCGGCACCACUGGCGGCGGCGGCAGUGGCGGCGGCGCUGACGUCAUGAACGUACGGCGGUUACAGCACGGCGGCUCCGACUCCACCAACAACCUGGCUUUCGUUGGCGGCGGCCUGCAUGCAGCGCUGCGGGAUCCAAGCCAGGGUCAAGACCACCGGCCCAUUCACCCCGAUGCGUCUGCACCCGCGGAUGCCGCGUUGGGAGCGCUACCCUCGCCCGUCCGCUCCGCUGACCUGCAAGCCUUUGCUUCCGCGAUUCUGCGUGCUCAUGAUGAGAGGCUAGCCGCACCAGAACCUGGGCCAUCGCAACCGCUGUCCAGGAUGUUGCCGCGCGACACGGUCGUGCCGUUGGAGGACGGACUCCGCCGCGGCAGACCGCCGCCGCCGCCGUCACCUUUUGUCUCCGCGACGGGGCAUGCAGGAGCUAAGGCGGCGGCAGCGGAAGCGGCGAGGGUGAGCCCUGGCAGGCGGGCGAGUGCGGUGGCGGCGGCGGAGCGUCCGCAGCGCGGCCGGCGGGUGACGCCGAAUGUGGCCGAGGUUGCGGCGGCGGCGGCGGCUGCUGCUGUCGGCGCUUCUGCUCCGGAGGAUGCCCUGGAGGCGGAGCUCUGCUUCCCGCUGAUGCAGCAAGAACUGGAGCACUUCCUGCAGCAACAACACCAACAACAGCAGCAGCAGCUGCAGAUGCAGCAGCCGGAGCAGCAACCUUUCACGCAAGAGCAGCAGGCGACGGAACACCCGCACCUGCAACAACAGCUGCAGCAAGAACAACAGCUACAAUACAUGCUUCACCCCGACCCGCAGCAUUGGGAGAUGCUCCGAAGACAGCCGCAGCAGCAGCUGCUGCUGCAGGAAGAGGCCCAUCAGCCGCAGCAGCAGCCGCAGCAGCAGCUGUUGCUAGAGGCACAUCACGACCUGCCGCCGCGCGCGUUUUCGAGGCAAGCCGAGCUGCCUCCAUCAUGGCUAGAACGACCUCCACGGCGUUCACACCAGCACCAGCACCAUCGCCAACAGCAACAGCAGCAACAAGUACAACAGCAGUUGGAUGAAAUCCUUCAACAGCUCAUCGAAUCGCAGCACACGUCAACCCACCAGCAGCCGCAUCAACACCACCAUCAGCAACACCCGCAGCACCUUGCCCCACACCAAUUGCAACGCCGCCGGGUGUUCCAGGUUGGCGGAGCGGAUGAGGCGCUUGCGUCCCCUCCUCCUUCGCAGCCACCGCAGCAGCACCACCACCACAAGGGCUUCCAAACCUCGCACUCGUCCUUGCAGCAACCGCAAAGCUACACAGACCACGCAGAUGCAGCAGACAUCCUGCAACAGCCCACAUCCCGGCCGGUCCGCCUGCUGUCGUUAGGCGUGAACGGCAACGAUAACAGCGUGCGGCUGCCGGGUUUAAAUGUCGAUGUAACCGACGUUUCUCAAUAUGCAGGUCUCACGGCUGCUGCGGCGGCGGCUGCGAGUGGAGGCGACGGCGGCGACGGCGGUAAUGGAACGGGCGGUGACGCGGGGCGCCUGCGCGGUGGCAGUCCCCCUCUGGACAUGUUGAACCCCGCGUCCAUGUGGCUCAAGCUGCGGCCGUUGCCUCAGAGCCGUUCGCCUCAAGUGAUACCUCACAACAUCCUGUCUUCACAUCAUUUGCAUAGUGUUGCACCGUCGUCGCACGGAAGCCAGCAACCGCGUGCUUCGCGCCUCGGGGGUCAGUUGAUUAGUGUCAGCGGCGGCGGUGGCGGCGGCGGCGAGUUGGCGGAUGUGGGCGGGGGAGGCAGCGGCAAUGGCAGCGGGCGAAACAACCCUGGCAGCAUGAUGGGCUUGUCGGAGGAAAUCGCAUCGUUGCUAUCUGGAUACAACCCGAGCGCCGCUGCAAAUGGUUUGGACGCUGGCGGCGGUUUGUACAGCACACGAACCACGACGCGCAUGGCGUCCGAGGAACGCCAUCACCCGUUGUUGUUUGGAGGCGGCGCGCAGCAGUCCUCACAAUCCUUUGCCCUGUUGCAACACCAGCAGCAGUUGCAACGGAACGCGGGAAGCAUGGCGAGCAGCGGUGGUACCGGGGCCGGCGGCGGUGGCGGCGACGGUGGUGUGACAGCGCAGCAGCUGUACGCCAGCAUGCGUGAAGGGCCGUACGGCGCUUUACAUGACAAUAACGGCAGCAGUAGCAUUAGCCGUUACGCUUCCGUACAAUUGGAUCCACAGCAGCUGGUGUACUUGCGUGGGUCCAACAUGCAGUUGACGUCAUCACAGCAGCAUUCCGGACAGCAUUACGGGCAAGACGGCGCUGCAGAGCUUAAUUGGGCUGGGUAGCUGCGGGAUGGGGAAGCAAGGGGCUUACGGCGCACGGGGAGCUUGAGUGGUUUGCUGGGAGGGACUUUAGGGCUUGGAUUUAGGCGCUUGGAUGGGUACUGGUGUCUGGGACGGCACUGAUAGAGGAGGGAGAUGUGCGGGAUGGCUUUGAGAGAGGGGGAGGUCCUGAGGUGUUUCCAAAAGGGUGUGGGUGCUUUGGUGGGGCAUUGCUAAGAAAACUGUUGUGUUUAGAGAACCUGGCCGCUGUAUUGAACUUACUGUAAUUGCUGAAGCUGUUCCAGGAAAUGGAAAAAAUGUCGCAUUGGCGGAGGAGGUCUGGGGUGGGCGGGGAAUGUCUGAUGGGAGGUGUGGGAGCACUUUACGGUAUUGCAAAGAGAUUCUUUCCUCGGCUAUGAGCAGGUGGGUGUGCGGUGAAGGGAUUAUACCAGCACUUGUUUCGGUUGUUGUGGUGAUUGUGGUGGCGGUGGUAGGCGGCUUUGCGAGGAUGAGUAAGCGGGCGAUGGGAGUGCGAGGACUGGCUACCGCGUCCGUUAGGUAUUGUCAUCAUGAUAAUGCGCCUGCAGGGCGCCUGAUAUUAGUCAUGAUGUUAGUCCUCCUUCCGUCUUGCCACCAAUCGGUUGCCAACUGGCUAGCUGUUUGCUUGUUUGCGGCGAUGAGGGAUGCAGACAUCCCGGAUGCAACGAUACUCGGUCGUGUGAACAAAAUACGGUGUGAUACGGCGUCAUCCUAGGGUGGCAACGACACUGUUCAAGACGUGUAGUGGGUAGACACUAGCAACUGAUAAGUUUGCGGUAAAAGGAAAAACUAAGGGCUGUGCUUCUGAAAGGCGGCCGGACGUGCUUUACGCCAUGGGUCGGGUGGGCUUUUGCCGUGCGUGGAGGUCUGGAGGACUGCAUGCAUGCGCGGCUGAUACCGGUAGGCAUGACACGAUGGUUGCGGGGCGUCCCAGUUGAUACCGGCAACUUGGCCUCGUCAGCGGAUAACAGGGAUACCGGUAAUAACAACAGGCAUCUCUCAUGCGAGUUUGUAUGACUUGUUACCGGCAUGCGUGGCGCGUGGUGCUAUUUUGCCGUGCGGCGUGCAACUUAACAGUGCGGGUUGAGUAGUGUCGCAAAAAUGCCGCGAAGCGUUGGUGUGUCACCCCGACUCACCACACCACAGGACGUUACUCCGGGCCCAUGUAGGCACGGAAGAGGGAUAGUGAUAAGGGACGAGGCGUGUUUGAUCUUAGGUUCGUCUGCCGUAUGCCCCAGCAAGCGCAAAAGCCGCCGUGUGUAUGGUAGGGAAGGUUGGUAAUGACCCACGGGUCACUACGCAUUAUAAAGUUUUGUAUUGGUUUUGUUUCUAUUGUUUUUGUUUUCAACGCAUGAAAGACAUGCAACAGCGUGGGGCAAACCCGUUAAAGACGUAAGACAGUGCGGUUUGACCUUCGCACAUGGAAAG